UUGUGGCAGCCUCUCUCUCUCUCUCUCUCUUGCUCUUUUUCUCUCUCUGUCCUGAUCACAGGCUCAGACUAUCUGUCUUUUUCUUUCUUUCCUCUCUUUCCUUUUCAUUCCAACAUGUUUCAUAACCAAUGGAUUACUAACUAUCUCAACCAUGUCCCACAGUGUAGUCAAGGAUUUGUUGGUGAAUCUUCUGUUAAGUUCUGCAGCCCUGUAAUACUAAAGAAAAGAGCAGCAGGGUUUGGUACUGAUGACCAGACUUCACUGGUAAGGAGUACCACAGAUAUUGAUGCAAAAAUCCUUGCUGUGUUGCCCAAAGUUUCAGAGCUAAGGAAGCAAUUUGAAAGCACAAUAGGAAGUGAUCCAAUAAUGAAUAGGAAAGAGAGGAUAGCACGAAGACUGGAGGGGAUUGAAACCGAUGUUCCAGCAGCUCUUUCUACAAAUGUGCACCACACAGCCGGUCUCGUGACCAAUCGACUGCUGGAGGAAGACACCCCUCGCUACACACGAGCCUCAGAUCCCAGCGAUCCGGGCAUUGCUGUGCGUCGCUACAGUCGUGAUGAAAUGGAAGCUCCAGAGCGGCAAUCCAGAACUCGGACUCGCCCGGAUCCACAGCCGACAAUCCAUCCUGACCCAGUCGUCCCUACCCCAGCAGGGUCUGAUGCUACCAACCUCAGCUCCAAGGCCGAACGUAUUGCACGUUACAAAGCCGAACGUCGACGCCAAUUAUCAGAACGUUAUGGAAUCCUCCUCGACCAAGAAGUGGAUUUAGAUUACGCCCCACGCUACACUCGUGCACGAAGGGAGUCUGACCUGUCAGACAAAGGGGCUCCUCCCGAACGGGGACUUGAUGAGAACAGGAUGAGGGGCAGGACUUUGCAAGAGCAUGGUGAGGGGCGGGACCGAAGCAGCAGCAGGUCUAAAGGAAUGGGGAGGGUUUCCAUGCCUUCAGACCACACCCCCGAUUCUGCCUCUUCUCCAUCAGGCUUUGAUGCCGAACGAGAGAGAGAGAGGGCUAUGAACUUGGAAAAUAAAAGGCGAGCACCUGACCGAAGUACGAAGCCACGCCCACAGGAAGCUCCGGUUUGCAUGGAAGCAACACCCACCCAACCAACGAAGGGUGUUGCUGUUGCCGUAGUGCCAAGUUCUCCAAGGACAGCUCGCCGAGGAUCACUACCCACAACGCGGUAUGGCAUCUCUCCUGGUGACCUGUUCAUCGAGCAACAAGCACAAAACAUCCUCAACAGACAGGGCUUGGCAGCUCUCUCUCAAAGUGAGUGGUCCCUCAGGCGAGACGUGGACAAUGAAACGCACUCACAAAUCAACUGGCCAUCCAGAAUACGAGUAAGAGAAAGACAGGCAAGGGAGGACAGCUUGGGAAGGGGUUCAGACUCUGGGUCAGAUACGCCCUUAGUCAGACAUCAGGCAGCAGUUAUCCCACCAUAUUUGGCUCCACGACCUCAAUCUGCAAAUCAGCCUCAAGCACAGGGCACGGAAACCCUGACACAACAGAGCCAAGGUGCAGAGACCAAUCAACAAAGAGCGCACAGUGCUGAAAGGCCACGAUUCCAGUGCCCUCACAGUAUAGAUUCGCCUGCUUACCAGUACAUACCUGGAAGUGAAAUGGCAAACCAUCAACAUGUCCAAAAUGUACAGCCCCCAAGCUUUGAACAAAGCCCUGAUGUACACACUAGCAGCAUGGGUCAUCAACCAGGAUUUGGGCAAAUCCAGCAAGGUCAAGGUAGUCAAGAUGCUCAACCAUCACAAACACACAGAGCUUCUCAACAACAACACCAAGCAUACAAAGACCUCCAGCAGCCACUGCUUGGUCGCAGAGAUGCCCCACUGCCUGGGCAAAAGUAUCAGGCCAUCCUGCAACCAGUGCCUUCAGAAUGGGACACUUGCCAACCAGCUCAAAUGCAUGCACCUUCUCAGAAGCAUCUGUAUGAACAUGAACGCACCUUGCAAGCACAUCUAUCACAUGGGCAGACACAACAUUACGGUCCAGUGUUUGGUUACAGCAAACCUUUGCAAUAUGGUCCAGUCCAAACAUUACCUCCUGCCUAUGGAGAAACUGCACACUCAGGUCCUUCUCAUGGGUCUAGUUAUCUACCUCCACCUGGAACUCAGCCUGGCACAUCUGAGAUGCUGGAUCCUAAAGGACACUUGGCCAUGCUGGGAUCAAAAUGUGUAGCCAGAGAGGGUGCAGAAACCAGCCUGAGGGACAGCUCUGAUCACAUUCAGCUCAUCAAGGGAGAGGGUCGAUUGGUGUCUAGGGCAGAUCCAGUAUCAGAAGGGUUACUUAGAAGCAGAAAGGCUGUUCUACCCUCAGAAAUCCGCCGCAGGGAAAAGAGUUUGGAUGAUCCAACGCGUGGACAUACUGAUGAAGCUUUGGAAAGUCAGGGAAUUGGAAGGAUUUGCCAGUUGAAGGAGGUAGAAGGGAGAGGAGGACGGAAGUUGUUUCAAAUGGAAGAGAGACCAGGUAAUGAUGGAAAUGGACCCACACAAAUGGAGGAGGGAAUAAAGGCAGGUGAAAAGGUGAUUCAUCAACGAAAAGACAGACAAGGGCAUGAUGAUAGAAGAACCAGUCAGUCUGAGGAAAGAGAGGUAGAUCACACAAAGUGCUUUUGGACUGGUGAAGAUGUAGGGCGUAGUGUAAGAAAGAUUGAUCAAACAGACGAAAAUAAGAUGGGUGGUAUUAAAAAUCAGGAAAGGCAAGGUAAUUGGAGCACUAACCAGUUAGAGGGUGUAGAAAGGGUAGGUGACCGGAAGAUUGACAAAUUUAAAGAAGGAGAAUGGCAAGUUGAUAGAAGUACUGCACAGUCAGUUGAACCUCAAGUGCAAGGUGAUAAGAAAAUUAGCCAGGAGGUAGGGGAGCAAAAAUACCAAAGGCUUCUUCAAAGAGAAGUGGUAGAAAAACAUGAUAGGAGACGUCGGAUCAAUCUGUCAGUGGAUGGGGAAGGGCAUGCCAGAAGAAGGAGGAUAAGCCAAUCAGAAGAUGAUUGGGAGGGACGUAGGGUACGGAAAAUUGGCCAUUUGAAGGAAUGGGAAAAGCAAGGAGUGCAUCAACUUGUCCAAUCAGCUGAUCAGUUUGAGGGAUGUGAGAAAGGACACCACCAAUCAAAUCCAAAUCUAUCUGAAGAAAUAAACACCACACCCUCAGAGGUGCUACUAACCAAUGAGCAGAAUUCUCCACACCAUAGACUUGGUGAGGUAAGAGGGUAUUUGCAGAGAGGCUCCUUCCUCCCACAAGCUCAACAUCGAGUUAGUCAGGAUGCAGUUGAUCUCAGACCAAAGGUUCGUAUUCGCUCAAUGUCAGAUAUUGGAGUGAAUCAGCGUUCUGCUACAUUACGAAAUCUGGAGCGUGCUGCCAGUCGAGAGGCUGCCAUAGUGAUGGGGGCAGGGCUUCAUACCAGGGAGACAGUUGGUGAAGCCAAUGGUGAAAUGGGCACCUUGGACACAAGAAUUUCUGUGGCAAAGCUGAGACAUUCCUACCUGGAGAAUGCUUCAGGACGCAAGUCAGAACUGGAGGCUAAAGGAGACCUGGUUACCAUUGAUACUGAUCCAGUUGGAAGCAGUGACCGGGAAAUAGGGACACGUCGACCCAGGCGUUACAUUUCCUCUGGUGAUGACAGAAAAUCCUCAGAGAGGUUUAGAACCCAGCCUAUCACAUCUGCUGAAAGACUGGAGUCUGAUAGGUCCCGCCUUAGUCCAGAGCUUGCAGAACAUGCAGAGUUGGAUGAAGAAAAAAUGGAUGAACGAGCUAAGUUGAGUGUGGCAGCCAAGAGGUCUCUUUUCAGGGAGAUGGAGAGGACUUUAGAUGGAGGUGUCCCUAAACCUCGGUCACGGAAUGCUGCAGUUGAGCGAAGACUCAGACGCGUUCAAGAUCGAUCCCGAACACAGCCUAUCACACCAGAGGAAGUGGUCAUUGCUGUUACUUCCCCUGCUCCCCCUUCUCAAGUCAUCACUGUUCAAACAACUGCUCCCAGACUCCCCAGCCCUGCCAUAGUCAGCACUUCCAUGGCUAGUUUCAGUCUACAGGCAUCCUCAGCACAUGACUCAGUCCAUCAUGAGCAGAAGAAAGAGGCUCCUCCAAAGGAGGAGGUUCCAGGAGAAGGGGCGGGUCCUGAGGAUCCUGACCUAUCAACGCUAAGCCUAGCUGAGAAGAUGGCAUUAUUCAAUCGCCUGUCGAAGCCCACUGGCCAAUCAGCAAACGGACCACGCUCUGACACUCGGCAACGUAGGGCCAACACUCGUUUUCAGACCCAACCUAUCACCCAGGGUGAGGUUGAGCAGGAAAUUACAAAAAGCGUUGAUGCGUCCAGUCACACAGAUCAACCCACUGUGACUAAUGAUUCUGUUGGUCCCCCUCAAAAAGAGCAACUGCAGAAUGCAAGUGUAAAGUUGGAGCCUCUCUCUGCAUCACUGGUCCGCUCCGUUGCUGCCGUCACUGCCCAGGCCACUGUUGCCAUGGUGACAAGCACUUCCCCAUCAAUGACUGCAGAUGUUCGCAAGGGAAUGUCCACAGCAACCUCUUAUACUCCGCCUUCCAUUCAGAGUUCGCCCAAUCAGCUGGGCUCAGCUCAGCUCCCGGCUUACGAGAGAGGGGUUCGAUACUUCAGUCUUACAGAGAGUGGGGAAAACCCCACCCCUAAUAUUCAGUCCCCGCUCCCAGCAGAGCAGACCAACCAAUCACUAUACAGCAAGAGUGGGGCUCCACAGAUUUCAGCCAAAGGGCAGAGACAUGAGGAGAGUGGGCAAAGAGGAAGACACGGUUAUAUAGGGAUAGAGGAGAGAGAGACAGAUCUCCCUCAUGCUCUUUAUGUGACCUCCCCGCAACACGCGCAUGCACUCAGACUCACACCCCCUCACGUCAAGGGAGAUGCAAAGCUGAGCAGCCCGCCAGAGAGGGAGAGAGAGAGACGGCGAGAGAAAGAAAAAGAGAGAACGCCUGUCUCACAAGGGGGCUAUUUGUCACCAGACGCACAUCAGACAACAAAAGGAAACGAUACGAGACCCAACGUCUCAGAUAUCCCUGAUCCCAGUGUUCUCGCAAGGGUCGUGAGCUCCCCUGCAGUCUCAUCCAGAAGUUCUUUGCACACUUCACACAUACUCCCUUACCUAACACAAACGCAGUCAUACACCACUCCACAACCUCAAUUGAAACCAACGCAACACCAUCAAAUCUGCACAACAACACACACACAACCUCAGACACAACUGUACAGUCCGGCUACACCACCGCAGACCCAGUCAAAACCUCAAAAGCACCUUGCGUCUGACCCUCAACCUCACCCCUACAUAGACUCCCAGGCUCCUCCACGUCCAGCUCAGGUUCACACUGAGCCCCAGUGGCAGGCACAACCCAGAGAACCUCCACAGACUCAGCCAAAACCACUGUCCUUCCUUGUGCCCCAGUCACAUGCCUCCAUUCCCCUGCAACCUAAGAUACCCCCUGCAACUCAGCCAAAACCUCAGUGCUUCAUACCACCGCAAACCCAAGAAGAGAUCUGUGGGAAAUACAGCCUGUCUGGACCUGUUAUCUCCAAAGACCAAAGGCCAGAUAUCCACGAAGACCCAGAGACCAUGUCGUCCAUGUCCAUCAAAGAGAGGUUGGCCAUGUUAAAGAAGAGUGGAGAGGAAGAUUGGAAAAACCGGAUCAACAAGAAACAGGAAGUUAUACAGGAUGUGGUGUCAGCAAGUGAGAAGAAUAGUCAAAUAUUGGAGGAGCAAGGCUUUAAGAAAAAGGAACAGCAGACCUUGAUCAGUGAGUUCACAUCAUCUGAGCAGCUAUGGGAGCCUGUCUUUUCCUCUACCUACUCUCCUCCACCUAUCCCAUCUUCCCCAAAAUGCCAAUAUGUAGAACGUCAAGGCCAGAAAUUUGGAGAAGAUGGGGAGGGCCAAAUGUCUGUUGAAGAGCGGAAACAGAUGAUAUCAAUUCGAGAGGAGGCUUGGCAAAGUACUGGAAAGGGUGUGGCCAAUGACUCCUCCCAGUAUACAGUGGCUACCAGGAUGUUGAAAAAAGGUCUGGCUGCUUCCUCUGCAGUGAUCAGCCCGAUUCUGUCCCCAGUCUCUGGUAAACUGAAGAGCAAUGUGCCAGCUGUCUCCAAACCACAGGAAGAAAUUGAGGCCAGAGCAGAAAUGGAGUCUGAUAAGAAGCUGGAAAAGCUGGAGACAUUUUUGGGCCGUUUGAACAGUAAAGUAUCAGGUUUGCAGGAGACUACUUUGACGGUGACUGAAAAGGCUGUAAAGGAAGUGAUGCGAUUGGAUGAUGAAAUCUUCUCUAAAUUUUAUCGUCACAUGACAGAUAUUCCCCACAGCAUGAGCAAUAGAAUGCAUCUGGAUGAAGACUUUGAUGCCAUCUUUGGAAAACAAACACCAAUGCUGAUGUCAGCGAUGGUGCAGCACAGGCGUGCCGUUCGUCCCUCUCGUAACGUUCAGGCUUCCAAGAACCCCUUAAAGAUUCUUGCAGCAAGAGAAGACAUCCGACACGAAUACACAGAACAGAGACUGAAUGUCGGCCAGCUUGAGAGCAAGAGAAUUAAACAGGAGAAAAUGAGUAAGAGCUCUAGUUUGUCUGACGCAGCUCUGGCUGCUUUGGCCAGUAAAGAGAACUACAGCAGCGUGAGUCUGCGCAGUGUCAGCAUCUCAGAGCAGAUGACCAAUAACAGCGCAGCUCCCUACAAGAAACUCAUGCUCAUGCAAGUCAAAGGCCGACGGCAUGUCCAGACCAGAUUAGUGGAGCCUAGAGUGUCCUCUCUGAACAGUGGAGACUGCUUUCUACUUGUUACGCCUGAACAUUGUUUGGUUUGGAUUGGGGAAUUUGCAAAUGUCAUAGAAAGAGCCAAGGCAUCCGAGCUGGCUACUUUCAUCCAGUUGAACCAUGAUCUUGGUUGUCGAGCAGUGCAGGUGGAGACCAUUGAAGAAGGUGUGAACUCUCAGAGCCCAGCAGCUGCAGAGUUCUGGAAGAUUUUGGGAGGACAAGCGAGCUAUCAAUCGGCUGGGUCUCCAGAAGAAGAUGAGAUGUUUGAAAGUGCUGUUGUGGAGACUAACUGCAUCUUCCAUCUGGUGGAUGAUAAACUGCUUCCUGACAAUGAUUUCUGGGGAAAAGUGCCUCGAAGUUCCUUAUUGGGCUCCAAAGAGGUCAUAGUGUUUGAUUUUGGUAGUGAAGUGUACGUCUGGCAUGGUAAAGAGGUCACACUGACUCAGAGGAAGGUGGCGUUUCAGCUCGCCAAACACCUUUGGAAUGGAACCUUUGAUUAUACCAACUGUGACAUCAACCCUCUGGACCCUGGAGGACACAACACACUCAUACCAAGGAAAGGUCAGGGACGUCCAGAUUGGGCUAUAUUUGGCAGACUGACGGAACAUAAUGAAACAAGUCUUUUUAAAGAGAAGUUCCUGGACUGGAAAGAUGCAUCUAUGUUGUCACCGAAAAAUGUAAUCGAGCAGCCCUUCCAGCAAAAGGAGUCUCCGAGCACCGAGUCUCGCUCUGAAUAUCGGGCGUACAAUGCCUCUUUGAUGCUGCCAGUCCUGCAGUCACCCAUCAGUACAAUUUUGGAUGGUCAGGAUGUUGGUCGAGGACACGGUCCAGUGGAGAAUGCCUCUGAGGACUGCCUGCGCUCACUGGAGAUCAGCACGAUUGGUGUUGAUGUCUGGCACAUUCUGGAGUUUGACUACAGCCGUCUACCCAAGCAGAGCAUUGGACAGUUCCACGAGGGAGACACUUACGUGGUGAAAUGGAAGUACAUGGUGAGCGCUGCAGUGGGCAGCAGGCAGAAGCCGGAUCAGGUGCGUAAUGCAGGUCCCGGCAGGGAGAAGUGCUGCUAUUUCUUCUGGCAGGGCAGAAACUCCACAGUCAGUGAGAAAGGAACAUCAGCGCUGAUGACGGUCGAGCUGGAUGAGGAGAGAGGAGCUCAGAUGCAGGUGCAGCAGGGGAAGGAGCCGCCCUGUUUCCUGCAGUGUUUCAACGGUGGGAUGAUAGUGCAUUCUGGGAAGAGAGAGGAAGAGGAGGAGAAUAUUCAGAAUGAAUGGCGUAUGUACUGUGUGCGUGGUGAGGUGCCAGUAGAGGGCCAUCUGCUGGAAGUGGCGUGCCACUGCACCAGUCUGCGAUCACGCACCUCAAUGGUCCUGCUGAACAUCAACAAAGCCCUGAUUUACCUGUGGCACGGCUGCAAGACACAAGCACACACACGGCAUGUUGCUAGAACUGCUGCGGACAAGAUCAAAGAACAGCGACCACUGGAGGCAGGACUUCACAGCAGCUGCAAUGUGACUGUUCACGAAUGCGAGGAAGGUUUUGAGCCAGUGGGAUUCUGGGAAGCAUUAGGCAGGAAGGACCGCAAGGCAUAUGAUUGUAUGCUACAAGACCCCGGCAAGUUCAACUUCAACCCACGCCUGUUCCAGCUCAGUAGUUCUUCAGGUGAGUUUGUGGCGCAGGAGUUUUACAACCCCUCCAGAGCUACAGACCUGGUUUGUUCCCUGCCAUUCCUACAAGAGGACCUGUUCUCUGCCCCUCAACCAGCUCUGUUCCUUGUGGAUAACUAUCAUGAAGUGUACCUGUGGCAGGGCUGGUGGCCACAGGAUACAGAGAGUACUGGUUCUGCCCGCAUCCGCUGGGACUCCGACAGAAAGUGUGCCAUGGAAACUGUGCUGCAGUACUGUAGAGAAAAGAACGAGAAGAAGCCUCAAAAGUCCUAUCUUAUCCAUGCUGGACUGGAGCCACUGACUUUUACAAACAUGUUCCCCAGCUGGGAGCACAGAGAGGAUAUAGCUGAAAUCACAGAGAGGGAGGCAGAGGUGUGUAAUCAGAUCAUUUUAGUGGAGGAUGUUUUGGCUCAACUCAGUCGGAGCAUUUACCCUCCCGCAAUACUACAAACUCGCCCCCUUCCCCACGGUGUCGACCCACUGCGACUCGAGAUGUACCUGUCAGAGGAAGACUUCGAGGCUGGGCUUUAGGGAAUUCUUUGUAGUGUGUGUUAGACAUGAAGAGAGAGGAGUUUGACACUCUGCCCGGAUGGAAGCAAGUGAACCUGAAAAAAACCAAAGGACUGUUUUAGAAACGUGACAAAAUCUUCAUGACGACAAAAUUAUCCAUUUCCACCAUGGCCACCGGUUCAGCAGUUACCUCGGCAGUUUGACCUCUUUUGGUUAAGCAAGGUGGUUGUGCACUUGAGAACAGGGUAAACAGUCAGGUCAAAGGUCAUUUUAGGAUCUACAGAUGCACCUACUGUGGCGUCCACUUGUGAUGUAUUAAGUCUGUGGAGAUGAUGUGUCUAUGUGGGUUUGUCUCCUUGCCACAUUUAUGCGCAAGUCAGGAUUUUUAACGUACAAUCUGUGAGCAGUACGUGUUUGUAACAUCUAAAACGAUACCUGUCUUUUAACGCACCUGUAAUUACUGAUUAUCUUUCGAAGUAUAAGAAGGAAAUCAAACAUUUUGCUCACCUCUCCAAUCAGGAUGCCCUAUGGUGAGUGCCUCUAUCUGAGUGUGUGUUGGUCUAAUAUGCAAUGGGAUUUUGUUGUGAUGUGUGUCUAUGUUUGAGAAGUCUGCUGCAUAAUUUGAAAUGGUAUAAAUGUGUAGGAAACAAACUAUAAAAAAUCAUGUGUGAUGCUGUCAUAUGUCUGUUCCUUUUAUGAUUUUAGAGGAGUUUACAUGCUGCGUCUGUUUUUUCUGUGUGAAUGGUUGUGGUGGUGAUGCGGUGUGGGAGGCAUUGUGUUUGUUUAUAUUAAGACAGCAUGGAAUAUUGGAGGAAAGAAAUUACAUUAAUUUAAAUGUACAGUAUAGUGCCUUGCUUUGUGUACAGUUUCUAUACCAAACACACACUAGUCUGCAUUUCAAAGACUUUCUUUGUGGUAAAAGAAAUAUUGAAUAAAGAAAGCAUUUAAAAAAAUAAAUCA